AUGGGGCCUGGCAUCGCUAAUGAGAAAAGCGGCUUGCUCACACUAGAGGCACCAAGCAAUGUCACAUCAGGAGGAUUCUCGAGCGACACAAGUGUUUGGUAAUGCGGCUGUUUGUUUGAGCAUGAAUAUGGAACGUCUGCAGUGAGCUGUGUGUGUGUGUGUGUGUGUGUGUGUGUGUGGUUUAGCUGUUGGAUGCAGUUUGCCGUGGCUGUAGGUACACGCGCCACAGCUCUCGAGGACACACACACAGAUUUGCAGGAGCUAAUUAGCUCGACAAAAGUAAUUUUUUACAUUUGCCAGUUAAUUAAAAAACAAUGCUUAUUUGAAUUAAUUAAAUGAGUAAUUCUUCCUUCCAGGGAUCCUUUAUUGCUCGGCGCAAUCUUAAACGCUGCCCACAUUAAAGUUAAAGUGUGUAGGAGUUAAUUGAGAGUGUGUGCAGGCUGCUGUCCCCCUACCUGGCCUAAAGCUCCUUGUCAUUCAGCUUGUGUUGGCGUGUGUGUCUGUGUGUGCGUGCGUGUGCGGACUUGGAUCCAGGCAUUAGUUGAUUCCCCUGUCAACAGUGAUCAGAAUGCACAGGCACACAGCCCCCGUGUUCCGUUUUGAUCAGGUUCAACUGGGAAAAACAAGGUAUUAAUCAGCUGAACCUGUGCACUUUUCAUGCUCAGAAAGCAAGCAAGCAAUGGACAAAUUUAAUGUGAAAAACACUAACAGGGAUGUGAUGAGCAUUAAAUCAGCUGGAGAAUACCCUGGUCUAAGAAGUGGGUGAUGAGACAGACGAAUGAGUUGCAGGUCUGACAACAAUACUGACAAUAUUUUUACACCAACACUUCCGUUGGUGUGAUAGAUAAUAUUCAUAACGUUGAUGACAUAGAUGACAGAUGACAUAGAUUACAUUGAUAACAUAGUGCCUUCAGAAAGUAUUCACACCCUUUGACUUUUUCCACAUUUUGUUACAGACUGAAUUUAAAAUGGAUUACAUUGAGAUAUUGUGUCAUUGGCCUACAAUGACACAACAAGCAUUCAACCUAUUUGUUGCUUAACAAGUCACAUAAGUUGCUUGGACUCACUCAGUGUGCAAUAAUUGUGUUUUAACAUGAUUUUUGAAUGACUACCUCAUCUCUGUACCCCACACAUACAAUUAUCUGUAAGGUCCCUCAGUCGAGGAGUGAAUUUCAAACACAGAUUCAACCACAAAGACCAGGGAGGUUUUCCAAUGCCUCGCAAAGGAGGGCACCUAUUGGUAGAUGGGAGAAAAAAAAGCAGACCUUGAAUAUCCCUUUGAGCAUGGUGAAGUUAUAAAUUACACUUCGGAUGGUGUAUCAAUACACCCAGUACACUACAAAGAUACAGGUGUCCUUCCUAACUCAGUUGCAGGAGAGGAAGGAAACCGCUCAGAGAUUUCAUCAUGAGGCCAAUGGUGACUUUAAAACAGAUAGAGUUUAAUGGCUGUGAUAGGAGAAAAUUGAGGAUGGAUCAACAACAUUGAAGUUACUCCACAAUACUAACCUAAUUGACAGAGUGAAAAUAAGGAAGCCUGUACAGAAUAAAAAAUAUUCCAAAACAUGUAUCUUGUUUGCAAUAAGGCACUAAAAUAAAACUGUAAAGAAAUGAAUACAAAGCAUUAUGUUUGGGGCAAACACAACACAUCACUGAAUACCAUUCUUCAUAUUUUCAAGCUCUGUCAUGUUAUGGAUAUGCUUGUCAUCGGCAAAGACCAGGGAGUUAAAAAAAAUAAAAAACAGGCAACAUCCUAGAGGAAAACCUGGUUCAGUCUGCUUUCCACCAGACACUAGGAGAUUCAUUUACCUUUCAGCAGGACAAUAACCUAAAACAUCCCACUUUGUAACACAACAAAAUGUGGAAAAAGGGGUGUGAAUACUUUCUGAAGGCACUGUAGAUAACAUUGCUAUCAGUAUGGUCACAAAGGGCUUCACAUACACUCCCCCUCCCCCUCCUUUUCUCUGUUUCUCCUCAGGGCCCAUGCAGGAGACUGUCUACGACUUCUGGAGAAUGGUGUGGCAGGAGAACACGGCAACUAUCGUCAUGGUGACCAACCUGGUGGAGGUGGGCAGGGUGAGUACCAAGAGACCCUAGCCACACACACACACACACUCGGUGCUGGUACAUUUCUUUGAUUCAGCCAAUAAAGAAAUGAAAGAAACACAAAUGGACAUAUUCCAGUCAGGGGAUUCCAGAAACCCUGGGCCUGGCAUUUGAUGUCCACUGGUAACUCUAGGCAAUGCCAAUCUAUGGGGUGCAAUGUCCCGUGUGGAUUCAGACCUCGUUCAAGCCUAUCAACAACUGUUUAAAGCCUUGAGAGGCGUGAUCAGAGAGUGAUCUGACCUGUUAGUCGAAUAAGCUCUCUAAAGCGGUCAAACCCAUAACACCACACACUGACAGAGAGGACGUGUCUAACCUGUCUGUGGCUCAUUUAAGAGCCCCAACACCCGCUGGCACCAUAUCACAUCGUCAAAAGGGGACCAAGUGAUGCACGGCCCCAGAGAGCUAGCCAAGCGGGUGAAUCCUCCCACCACCAAGCAGAGCCACCACCUGGUGCUAUUGUUUUAACCACUCAGCCCUGGCGAUCCCAUCUCACCCCCUGUUGAGUCUCCACUCUCCAGCCCCCUUCAGUGGGCCGACGGCAGGCAGGAAGGCCAGGUGCAGCAGGCAGGCAGGGAGCACAGUGGCAGUCUAUUCCACCAUAAUAAUAAAAACCACUCACUUCACGGCCAUCAGCAUCUGCUAGGCUGCUUCACCACUGAUGAACUCUGGGAAAUCCCUUCUCCCAGGCUCCUGUCGCUCGCUUUCAUGCCAAGCUGUUUAGUUUUGAUUUCGAUCCAGCCUCUUUUCUGUUGCAGCCUCUCUACCGCGAGGUAGAGGGAUGACGGAGUACAAAGCAACACAAGGCACAACAGGACGCGGAAAAUAACGCCACCCCAGAUAAUGUGUUUGUGACUGUCGCAGGCAGCCACCCAAAGCAGGCAGCCACCCAAAGCAGGCAGCCACCCAAAGCAGGCAGCCAGCCAAAGCAGGCAGCCACCCAAAGCAGGCAGCCACCCAAAGCAGGCAGCCACCAAAGCAUAUCGCUGGCUGAUCGUCUUCAUCAUAGCCGUUAGACACGGUCUGGGUUAAUGGUUAAUAGGAUAUUUCAGCCAAGAAUUUAUCUAUACAAUGCUCCUCAGGGAUUAGCUAGCUGAAUUGUCAGGGAGAUCUGAGAGGCUGGAGGAUCUGGAGCAUCUUGACUUGAGCUCCAUACUGUUUGUUUUGAUAGUGUCACUGGAUACCCAAACCUAAUUUCACUGAUAAUCAGGGCUGAAGCUACAGUCUGCUCUACGGUGAUCCCGUACACUUUAUUUACCCUGUCAUAUGGCGGGGGGUUAUCUAGUAAGAUAUGGACAGAUAGCUUAUCGUAUUACCACAAAUCAUCCUCCCGAUCAUUUAGUGUGAGUGUAUUUAAGUUUUAAGGCUACAUGACACACUGGGACCAAAAAUGGUGCUCCAUAUUACCCUAUUGAACCUCUCCUCCUAUCACAAAUCAUGUACUAAAUCUGACUUCCUCUCAGAACAGUCGCCUGCUACUGCUAUAUGUCCUUACAUGCUUACCCAGUGUGGGGCCUUUAAGGAAACUCCUAAGAAAGCCGCUCACAACACUAAAAAGAAACCGAAGCAGCAGUAUUAUGACAAAGCCGUAUUAGUCUGUAGGCUGUCUGGUAGGAAUAAGGAAACUAGUGGGAUCAUGGUUUGAGUUCCAGAUAGCUCUUCUAGAUUGGCAUUUUUUGAAGCUCUCGUCUGGGGUUCUGACAAGAAGAAAAGCACAUGGACACAGAGAUAUUAAAUUCUACUACUAGUUAUGAGUCCUUGAAUAGGAACCUUAUAGGAUCAUCUUAAAAUCGGCUCCAACGACAUUGAGAUUCCUCUCAAAGGCUAUAUCAGGAAACAGGGAGUAAUAGGAGCUUAUGAUGGCCUGUGGGAAAAUAAUUAAUGCAACCUACUUAAGAAAAUGGCUUCCAAGAUCUGAAAGGAGAAAUGUACCAACUAAAUGUAAUUUGAGCAGCCCAGUACUUUAGAGACAUGCUAUACAAAACUACAGUACACCAUCAUAAACCAUGUAUUACAAUCGAUCAUGCUCAAGACAGAUGAUCAAAUCAAAGACAAAAUGGUUUAUCUCAAUCGUACUUCCAUCAUACUUUAACAAAGAAGAGUAACUCGCUAAUGAGCGAGUGUGAAAAAGUAGGGUGGGCAUGUCUCUCAAACAUCUCUUUAUGCUCGUGUGUGUGUGUGUGUCGGAAACACUCAUAGUAUUAUGCUGUAUCACUCUCUCCAUGAUCAACACUGUCACAGAAGACUGAAAGAAAAACAUUUCCCAGUGCCACCGUCAUUUAAGAAAACAGAGAUCCCUAUCGCAGUUAAACAGUGUUUUCUGGUCCUCUCCAGAGAAGCAACCAGCGACGACAACUAUCUUAGCUAUGGUGGGACUGAUGUACAUUAAAACACAAUUAUAUCACCAAUUAGAGAGUGAGGGAGGGGGAAGGAGACAGAUGAAGAGGAGAAGGAGACUGAUGAAGAGGAGAAGGAUGACCUGGAGAGAGAGAAGAUGAGGCCGGUGUUAGUGACAGAGGACAGAAGAGAGGACGGAGGGAGUGAGGGAACAGAGAGUGAGGGAGGGAGAAGGAGAGAAAGAGAGGGAUAGUGUCAUCAAUAUGAAGAAGAAACACAAAGGGUUGAGCUGGUGUUAAUUGAUCUAUGGUGAAUGCUGAAGUCACUAUACUACUGUGUGACUAAAAUGUAAAUGUAUAAUAGAGAAAAUAAGUCUAUGGUUUUAACCUCUUGCUGUGUAGGAGGGGCCAGGUAAGUGAGGUGGCGCUAUCACAGAAUCUGCGCUGUGCGACUUCUGAUGUCCCCAGAGUUCACGACCUCUUAAUGAAGAGCCCAAUGGUGCAGUAUGGGUAAUUAGAGCGGGGACAUUGAGCAGCUGCUCAAACACAGAGGAGGGCCGUCUGCCUGCCGCCAUCUGGGACACCAUCAAGAUGUCUCUCAAAUGGCACACUUUUCCCUAUAUAGUGCCCUACUACUGACCAGGGCCAAAGUAGUGCACUAUAGUGAAUAGGGUGCCAAAAGUAGUGCACUAUAGUGAAUAGGGUGCCAAAAGUAGUGCACUAUACAGGGAAUAGGGUGCCAAAGUAGUGCACUAUACAGGGAAUAGGAUGCCAAAGUAGUGCACUAUACAGGGAAUAGGGUGCCAAAGUAGUGCACUAUAGUGAAUAGGGUGCCAAAAAUAGUGCACUAUACAGGGAAUAGGGUGCCAAAAAUAGUGCACUAUACAGGGAAUAGGGUGCCAAAAGUAGUGCACUAUACAGGGAAUAGGGUGCCAAAGUAGUGCACUAUACAGAGGGAAUAGGGUGCCAAAAGUAGUGCACUAUACAGGGAAUAGGGUGCCAAAAGUAGUGCACUAUACAGGGAAUAGGGUGCCAAAGUAGUGCACUAUACAGGGAAUAGGGUGCCGUUUCAGACACACUCAAACCACAACAGGUUGUUCUCUAAAAGGACUGGGCCAUCUGCAUUCUGUAUGUUCAACAUCAGCCCUCUAGGUGGCAACACUUUUUGCCCAGAAUUCACCUAGAGCAGAAUUCUAUUCUGGAACUUAAAAGAAGGACUAGAAGACCAUUGAGAUGACUCACAACAACACCUUAUCAAACGCCUUACACAAUAGACAAUAGACACCUACCUCCGGUAACAUGCAUCCCAAAAACAUCUCAGGCAGGUUUCUGCCUUGAAGGAACAGUUAUUUUACCAUGGGCAGGCGUGCGUGCGUGCUCGUGCUGGAGCGUGUGUAUAUUGUGGACAGAGGUUGUUGACAAGCCUCUACUGUGGUCAGUUCAUCCCGUUACACCCUGUGUCCCCUGUGUCCCCUCAGGUGAAGUGCUGUAAGUACUGGCCAGACGACACUGAGAUCUACAGGGACAUGAAAGUGACCCUCAUCGAGACCCAGCUGCUAUCAGAGUACGUCAUCAGGACCUUCGCUGUGGAAAAGGUAGGGACACUCCAAGUGAUCAUGAUAAUGGAAGUCAUUCAUUGUAUUGUAUUAUAGUCUAGUGUUUAGCAUGUAUUGUGUAUAGUUCCUGUCACUAGGUUUGACAGAUCGUCACAUUGUACUCGGGGUGUCUUACUCCUUGCACCCACCUAGGCAACUUCCAACUACUUUACUGAGUGUUCUUAGCGGCGUCCUCCGUAAUAGGUCCGUCUGUCUUUAAGAAUGCGUGUCUGUCUGGAACCAUUUUUAGUGUUUCUCAUACUACUGUACUCCAGGCUGCUACCAGGCCUCUCCUACUUUACCCCAGGCUGCUACCAGGCCUCUCCUACUUUACUCCAGGCUGCUACCAGGUCUCUCCACUUCUAUUCCCCUGGGCUGUGAAUAUUUCCCCUGCCGUUUGUGUGGUGUUUGUGUGUGCUCAAGGCUCUGAUGGGUGUCCGUCCCUGCCGUCUGUAUUCAGCCUGCUCGCUGUGUGUGUGUGUGUGUGUGAAUCAUCAGUGUUCUCCAGCUGUUCUUCUCCUGUUUCCAUCCCCCCAGAGAUGGGCUUUGUCAUCAGUGUCCCUGUCUCCCUGUUCUGCUCAAGAACAAGAUCAAAAUGCUACUUGGGAGGGAGGGAGGGAGAGAGAUGGGUCUGUAUGGGGAGUGGGUAGACAGCUGCAGGUCUCAUUGUUAGACAUCCUCUGUGUGCAUGCCUGGUGCGUGCGUGUACAUGGGUGUGUGUCACAAGUCCAAGCAUCUUUAUGACCUCUAAACUGUUUGGUACUUGUGAAUCCAAAUCAAAUCAAAUCAAACUUUAUUUGUCACAUGCGCCAAAUACAACAGGUGUAGACCUUACCGUCAAAUGCUUACUUACAAGCCCUUAACCAACAAUGCAGUUCAAGAAAGAGUUAAGAAAAUAUUAACCAAAUAAACUAAAGUAAAAAAUUAUAAAAAAGUAACACAAUUAAAUAACAAUAAUGAGACUAUAUACAGGGGGUACCGGUACCGAGUCAAUGUGCGGGGGUACAGGUUAGUCGAGGUAAUUUGUACAUGUAGGUAGGGGUAAAGUGACUAUGCAUAGUUAAUAGACAGCGUGUAGCAGCAAUGUAAAUAGGCCAGGUGGCCAUUUUAUUAAUUGUUCAGAAGUCUUAUGGCUUGGGGGUAGAAGCUGUUAAGGAGCCUUUUGGUCCUAGACUUGGCGCUCCGGUACCGCUUGCCGUGCGGUAGCAGUGAGAACAGUCUAUGACUUUGACAGUUUUUUGGGCUUUCCUCUGACACCGCCUAGUAUAUAGGUCCUGGAUGGCAGGAAGCUUGGCCCCAGUGAUGUACUGGGUCAUACUACCCUCUGUAGCGCCUUACGGUCGGAUGCCAAGCAGUUGCCAUACCAGGCGGUGAUGCAACCGGUCAGGAUGUUCUUGAUGGUGCAGCUGUAGAACUUUUUGAGGAUCUGGGGAUCCAUGCCAAAUCUUUUCAGUCUCCUGGGGGGGAAAAGGUGUUGUCGUGAACCUCUUCAUGACUGUCUUGGUGUGUUUUGAACAUGAUAGUUUGUUGGUGAUGUGGACACAAAGGAACUUGAAACUCUUGACCCGCUCCACUACAGCCCAGUCGAUGUUAAUGUGGGCCUGUUCGGCCCGCCUUUUCCUGUAGUCCACGAUCAGCUCCUUUGUCUUGCUCACAUUGAGGGAGAGGUUGUUGUCCUGGCACCACACUGCCAGGUCUCUGACCUCCUCCCUAUAGGCUGUCUCAUCGUUGUCUGUGAUCAGGCCUACCACUGUUGUGUCGUCAGCAAACUUAAUGAUGGUGUUGGAGUCAUGUUUGGCCACGCAGUCAUUGGUGAACAGGGAAUACAGGAGGGGACUAAGCAUGCACCCCUGAGGGGCCCCAGUGUUGAGGAUCAGCAUGGCAGAUGUGUUUUUCCCUACCCUUACCACCUGGGGGUGGCCCGUCAGGAAGUCCAGGAUCCAGUUGCAGAGGGAGGUGUUUAGUCCCAGGGUCCUUAGCUUAUUGAUGAGCUUUGUGGGCACCAUGGUGUUGAACGCUGAGCAGUAGUCAAUGAACAGCAUUCUCACAUAGGUGUUCCUUUUGUCCAGGUGGGAAAGGGCAGUGUGGUGUGCGAUUGAGAUUGUGUCAUCUGUGGAUCUGCGAUAUGCGAAUUGGAGUGGGUCUAGGGUGUCCGGGAUGAUGCUGUUGAUGUGAGCCAUGACUUUCAAAGCACUUCAUGGCUACCGACGUGAGUAAUCAUUUAGGCAGGUUACUUUCGCUUCCUUGGGCACAGUGAUGUGGAUUUUUACAAUGAUAUGAAUUUUUACAUUGGUACAUCUCUGUUGCUAGGCAAGAACUUAAUUUGUUCCUCUCACUGGGUUUAUGUGUGUGUGUGAUGAAAUAGGCAUCUGACCUGUCUUCUGGUCAAAUUCUACAGUUGUCUUAUCAGUGACUGAAAGCAAGCUGAACCCUUUGUCUCUCCUUGAGCGUCUUCCUGAUUAGAUUGCAGAGUGACGGGGUGGGACAGAGGCGUUAGGCUUGGGUAUAUUUGAGAGAUUGAUUGUGGACCUGCCAUGUCCACAAUCAAUCUCCAGGUCAAGCCAGGGUGAGCCAGGGUUGAACAAAGUUCAAACUGAACAUUAUAAUUUUUUACAUGACAGGGCUGUUAUUUGUGCAUGACAAAGCUUGAUUGGUCACACCACCAUUGUUUCCAAACGGAAUACAUAGAAGGAGGAGAAGUCAUAAACUAAGGAAGUGGGCGGAGCGGUCAAGAGGUGAAAACUGGAGCCAGUGGUGGUGGAACCAAAGAGGGAGGGGUUAAGCUAAAAUGUAUGUAAAAUUCCUAUAUAAACUGAGAGCUGGGAGGUGGAAAGAGAUGCUUUGUCUAUUGUAAUAAAGUAUAUCUUAAUUCUACAAAAACUCUGGAAAUACUUUUGUUCUUUAAUCAGUAUAAGGACGAAUUUGCCACAACAGGGACUAUGGUGGUCUGCUUGAAACAUGUAGGUAUUACAGACUCGGUCAGGGAGAGGUUGAAAAUAUCAGUGAAGACACUUACCAAUUGGUCCGCACAUGCUUUGAGAACACGUCCUGGUAAUCCGUCUGGCCCCCCGGCUUUGUGAAUGUUGACCUGUUUAAAGGUCUUGCUCACAUCGGCUACCGAGAGCGUUAUCACACAGUCGUCCAGAACAGCUGGUGCUCUCAUGCAUGCUUCAGUUUUGCUUGCCUCGAAGCGAGCAUAAAAGGCAUUUAGCUCAUCUGGUAGGCUCACAUCACUGGGCAGCUCGCGGCUGGGUUUCCCUUUUGUAGUCCGUAAUAGUUUUCAAUGACUGCCACAUCUGACGAGCGUCAGAGCCGGUGUAGUAGGAUUCAAUCUUAAUCCUGUAUUGACGCUUUGCCUGUUUGAUGGUUCAUCUGAGGGCGUAGCGGGAUUUCUUAUAAGCGUGCGGAUUAGUGUCACGCUCCUUGAAAGCGGCAGCUCUAGCCUUUAGCUCGAUGCGGAUUUUGCCUGUAAUCCAUGGCUUCUGGUUGGGAUGUGUACGUACGGUCACUGUGGGGAGAAUGUUGUCGAUGCACUUAUUGAUGAAGCCGGUGAAUGAGGUGGUGUACUCCUCAAUGCUAUCGGAAGAAUCCCGGAACAUAUUCCAGUCUGUUCUAGCAAAACAGUCCUGUAGCGUAGCAUCCGCGUCAUCUGACCUCUUCUGUAUUGAGCAAGUCACUGGUACUUCCAGCUUUAGUUUUUGCUUGUAAGCAGGAAUCAGGAGGAUAGAAUUAUGGUCAGAUUUGCCAAAUGGAGGGCGAGGGAGAGCUUUGUAUGAGUCUCUGUGUGUGGAGUAAAGGUGGUCUGCAUUAAAGUCCCCGGCCUCCAGGAGUGCCGCUUCUGGAUGAACAUUUUCUUGUUUGCUUAUGGCCUUAUUCAGCUCGUUGAGUGCGGUCUUAGUGCCAGCAUCGGUUUGUGGUUGGUAAAUAGACGGCUACGAAUAAUAUAGAUGAGAACUCUCUUGGUAGAUAGUGUGGUCUAUAGUUUAUCAUGAGGUACUCUACCUCAGGCGAGCAAUGCCUCAAGACUUCUUUAAUUACAUUUUACAUUUUAGUCAUUUAGCAGACGCUCUUAUCCAGAGCGACAUACAGGAGCAAUUAGGGUUAAGUGCCUUGCUCAAGGGCACAUCGACAGAUUUUUCAUGUAGUCUGCUCGGGGAUUAGAACCAGCGACCUUUCGGUUAUUGGGCACAACGCUCUUAACCACUAAGCUACCUGCCGCCCAUUUAAUAUUAGACAUCGCGCACCAGCUGUUAUUGACAAAUAGACACACACCCCCGCCCCUCGUCUUACCAGACCAGCUUCUCUGUCCUGCCCAUGCAUGGAAAAUCCCGCCAGCUCUAUGUUAUCCGUGUAGGCGUUCAGACACGUCUCAGUGAAACAUAAGAUAUUACAGUUUUUAAUGUCCCGUUGGUAGGAUAUUCUUAAUCGUAGAUCAUCCAUACCAAUGAUUGCACGUUGGCCAAUAGAACAGAUGGUAGUAGAGGUUUACUCACUCGCCUACGAAUUCUCAGAAGGCAGCCCGACCUCCGCCCCCUUUUUCUCCGUCUUUUCUUCACGCAAAUGACAGGGAUUUGGGCCCGUUCCUGAGAAAGCAGUAUAUCCUUCGCGUCAGACUCAUUAAAGAAACAAUCUUUGUCCAGUGCGAGGUGAGUAAUCGCUGUUCUGAUGUCCAGAAGUUAUUUUCGGUAAUAAGAGACAGUAGCAGCAACAUUAUGUACACAAUAAGUUAAAAAACAAGUUACAAACAACGCGAAAAAAAACAAACAAAAUAGCACAGUUGGUUAGGAGCCUGUAAAACGACGCCAUUAUCCUGUAUUCAACUGUGUCUGUCUUCUCUCUCCAGAGGGGAGCCCAUGAGAUCCGGGAGAUCCGUCAAUUCCACUUCACGGGCUGGCCAGACCACGGGGUCCCCUACCAUGCCACCGGCCUGCUGGGCUUCGUACGCAGGGUGAAGUCCAAGAGCCCCGCCAAUGCCGGGCCCAUGGUGGUCCACUGCAGGUCAGACACACUUACACACACGCUGGUUGGUUGGUUGGUUGGCUGGCUGCCUGGUUGGCUGGCUGGCUGGUUGGCUGGCUGGUUGGCUGGCUGGCUGGUUGGCUGGCUGGUUGGUUGGCUGGUUUGCUGGCUGGCUGGUUGUAUGGAUCUGUUCCUCUUUUUCUGUCUCUUUUACACUCUCUCUCUCUCCCCCCUCCAUCUGGUAUGACUCAGAAAGACAUUCCUAAUGGAUACUAAUAUGAAGUCAACAGCCACACUAAAUGAAGUGCGUCUUCUAUUUUCAGCCACACUAAAUAAAGUGGAGCUGCUAUUGUCAGCCACACUAAAUAAAAUGGAGCUGCUAUUGUCAGCCAUACUAAAUAAAGUGGAGCUUCUAUUGUCAGCCACACUAAAUAAAAUGGAGCUUCUAUUGUCAGCCACACUAAAUAAAAUGGAGCCUCUAUUGUCAGCCACACUAAAUAAAAUGGAGCUUCUAUUGUCAGCCACACUAAAUAAAGUGGAGCUGCUAUUGUCAGCCACGCUAAAUAAAAUGGAGCUUCUAUUGUCAGCCACACUAAAUAAAAUGGAGCUUCUAUUGUCAGCCACACUAAAUAAAGUGGAGCUGCUAUUGUCAGCCACACUAAAUAAAGUGGAGCUGCUAUUGUCAGCCACACUAAAUAAGCCGAGCUGCUAUUGUCAGUCACACCCAUAACUGUUUUCCAUACAAAUAGUCCCAGAUAUUUUGGCAGCCAGGGCUUUGCCAUGAAGUGUGUGUGUCUCCCACAUGUGCUCUGGUUCUCACGCUGUGUGGGUGUGUGUGUGUUCUCAGUGCGGGGGCGGGCAGGACUGGCUGUUUCAUCGUGAUUGACAUCAUGCUCGACAUGGCGGACAGAGAGGGUGUGGUCGACAUCUACAACUGUGUGAGAGAGCUGCGCUCACGAAGGGUUAACAUGGUCCAGACAGAGGUAAGAAUGACAUUGUCCUCGCUCGAACCAAAACACACAGGACCACAAUUGAAACAAGUCUUUUUACUUUUUUGUGUAUAUAAUCCUCGGUAGUGUUGGUAUAUAUAUCUGUUGCCUGGUGUAACAUUUUUAUGUAUUUUAAAUUGUCAAAUAAAAUAAAGCUUUAGAUGCGGUUUAGGGUUUAGCGAAUGAUUUGUCCCAAAUACAAUACUUUUAGUUUUUUAUAUAUUUAGAACUAGCUUAUUACUUGCCACCCAUUCUAAAACUGACUGGAGCUCUGUAAGUGUUGCAGUACUUCCACUUGUUGUGGUAGCUGACGUGUAUAGUGUUGAGUCAUCAGUGUACAUAGACACACUGGCUUUACUCAACGCUAGUGGUAGGUCAUUAGGAAAAAAAAUUAUGUAUGCAAGUAUGAAUUCGUUUUUCAUUGUUUGAUUAAUUUCCGUGACAUUAUUUUAAUAUAUAUAAACUGAAAAAUGUAUAGCUGAAAAGCUAUUACAAUAGUUUUCUUGGAGGGACAUACAGUAUCGUAGAAAUGACAUUCUUCUCCCCAGUACACAAAAGGCCAGUUCGUGUCUUAUCAUAGUAGUUCACUGUAUUUUGAUGACAACUGUAUGGCCUGCAAAUCCCUUUCACCUCCAACUCCACAUCCAAGGACAAGAGGGUGACGUCACAGUCGCCUAACCUGAAAACACUGACCCUCCACUGCCAAGUCGAGACGUUUCUGAAAUGUCAUUUCAUAAAUGAUUUACGUCAAGCCUGGGGCCUUUUUCCCUGACAAGAAGAGCGGGAGAGGGAGACGGAAAGAGAGAGUGAGUGUGGUAGUAUUGACAGAGGAGAGGUCAAUGGGAGUGGUCACUGUGGAGGCGACACAAAACAAAUGACACCCUAUGGGCUUUGGUCAAAGGUAGUGCACUACUUAGGGAAUACGGUGCCAUUUGGGAUGCAGCAUCAGUCUUAGGAAACGCUCAUACAGUGGGGAAAAAAAGUAUUUAGUCAGCCACCAAUUGUGCAAGUUCUCCCACUUAAAAAGAUGAGAGAGGCCUGUAAUUUUCAUCAUAGGUACACGUCAACUAUGACAGACAAAUUGAGAAAAAAAUCCAGAAAAUCACAUUGUAGGAUUUUUUAUGAAUUUAUUUGCAAAUUAUGGUGGAAAAUAAGUAUUUGGUCACCUACAAACAAGCAAGAUUUCUGGCUCUCACAGAACUUCUUCUUUAAGAGGCUCCUCUGUCCUCCACUCAUUACCUGUAUUAAUGGCACCUGUUUGAACUUGUUAUCAGUAUAAAAGACACCUGUCCACAACCUCAAACAGUCACAAUCCAAAGAGCUGUCAAAGGACACGAGAAACAAAAUUGUAGACCUGCACCAGGCUGGGAAGACUGAAUCUGCAAUAGGUAAGCAGCUUGGUUUGAAAAAAUCAACUGUGGGAGCAAUUAUUAGGAAAUGGAAGACAUGCAAGACCACUGAUAAUCUCCCUCGAUCUGGGGUCCACGCAAGAUCUCACCCCGUGGGGUCAAAAUGAUCACAAGAACGGUGAGCAAAAAUCCCAGAACCACACGGGGGGACCUAGUGAAUGACCUGCAGAGAGCUGGGACCAAAGUAACAAAGCUUACCAUCAGUAACACACUACGCCGCCAGGGACUCAAAUCCUGCAGUGCCAGACGUGUCCCCCUGCUUAAGCCAGUACAUGUCCAGGCCCGUCUGAAGUUUGCUAGAGUGCAUUUGGAUGAUCCAGAAGAGGAUUGGGAUAAUGUCAUAUGGUCAGAUGAAACCAAAAUAUAACUUUUGGUAAAAACUCAACUCGUCGUGUUUGGAGGACAAAGAAUGCUGAGUUGCAUCCAAAGAACACCAUACCUACUGUGAAGCAUGGGGGGUGGAAACAGCAUGCUUUGGGGCUGUUUUUCUGCAAAGGGACCAUGACGACUGAUCCGUGUAAAGGAAAGAAUGAAUGGGGCCAUGUAUCGUGAGAUUUUGAGUGAAAAACUCCUUCCAUCAGCAAGGGCAUUGAAGAUGAAACGUGGCUGGGUCUUUCAGCAUGACAAUGAUCCCAAACACACCGCCCGGGCAACGAAGGAGUGAAGCAUUUCAAGGUCCUGGAGUGGCCUAGCCAGUCUCCAGAUUUCAACCCCAUAGAAAAUCUUUGGAGGGAGUUGAAAGUCUGUGUUGCCCAGCGACAGCCCCAAAACAUCACUGCUCUAAGAGGACAUCUGCAUGGAGGAAUGGGCCAAAAUACCAGCAACAGUGUGUGAAAACCUUGUGAAGACUUACAGAAAACGUUUGACCUGUGUCAUUGCCAACAAAGGGAAAAUAAAAAAGGAUGGGAAACUUUUGUUAUUGACCAAAUACUUAUUUUCCACCAUAAUUUGCAAAUAAAUUCAUAAAAAAUCCUACAAUGUGAUUUUCUGGAAAAAAAAUUAUCAUUUUGUCUGACAUAGUUGACGUGUACCUAUGAUGAAAAUUACAGGCCUCUCUUAUCAUUUUAAGUGGGAGAACUUGCAUGUUCUUAUCUUUUAUCAUUUCUUAUUGUUGUUGCAUUGUAGAGAAGGAACCUGCAAGUAACCAUUUAGUUGGAUGAUGUAUACCAAGCGAAUCCCGUACAUACGCUAGAGUCAGUCAUCACUGUUGUUUGGUCGUCUUUCAGACAGAUCUUUGCGAGUUACCUGUGUUCACUACCUGGACUUUAAUGGCGAUGUGAGUCCUUCCUGUGUAGCAUGGCUGUCUGUCACUCACGAUAUCCUGUGCACCCCUCUGUGUCGUACAGGAGCAGUACGUGUUCAUCCACGACGCCAUCUUAGAGGCGUGUCUGUGUGGGGACACCACCAUCCCAGCCAACCAGCUGCGAUCGGUCUACUAUGACAUGAACCGCCUGGAUCCCCAGACCAACUCCAGCCAGAUCAAAGAGGAGUUCAGGGUAUGUGGUGUGUGCUUGUGUCUGCCUGCGUGCAUGUGUUGUUCAGCGUACGUGCGUGCAUGCGUUGUUCAGCGUGCGUGCGUGCAUUGUUCAGCCUACGUGCGUGCAUGCGUUGUUCAGCGUGCGUGCGUUGUUCAGCGUACGUGCGUGCAUGCGUUGUUCAGCGUACGUGCGUGCAUGCGUUGUUCAGCGUGCGUGCGUGCAUGCGUUGUUCAGCGUACGUGCGUGCGUUGUUCAACGUGCGUGCGUUGUUCAACGUACGUGCGUGCAUGCGUUGUUCAGCGUACUUGCGUGCAUGCGUUGUUCAGCGUGCGUGCGUGCGUUGUUCAGCGUACGUGCGUGCGUUGUUCAGCGUACGUGCGUGCGUUGUUCAGCGUACGUGCGUGCAUGCGUUGUUCAGCGUACGUGCGUGCAUGCGUUGUUCAGCGUACGUGCGUGCAUGCGUUGUUCAGCGUACGUGCGUGCAUGCGUUGUUCAGCGUGUGUGCGUAUAUUGUAUAUUAGUGUACAUGCAUGCCUUGGAGUGUGUCUACCAGGCUCAGAUCCCCCCUCCCUCCCUCCAGACUCUGAACAUGGUGACUCCUACAUUACGUGUGGAGGACUGCAGUAUCGCCCUGCUCCCCAGGAACCACGAGAAGAACCGCUGCAUGGACGUCCUACCGCCCGACCGCUGUCUGCCGUUCCUCAUCACCAUCGAUGGAGAGAGCUCCAACUACAUUAACGCUGCCCUCAUGGACGUACGUUUCACACACAAACACACACAGGCACACACACACACACACACACACACACACACACAGACACACACACAGGCACACACACGCACACAGGCACACACACAGGCACACACACGCACACACACACACACACAGGCACACACACACAAACACAUACACACUCAUACAUGAACUUGUGCACGUUCGCUCGUAACCUUUUUAAAUUACUUGCAAUGUCAGUCCGUGUGUAAGUCAUUGGAUGUGAAUGUACUGCUGAAAAAGUUGAUCGUAAAACUGGUAUUUUUUUUAUCAGUGUGAUGAAAUAUGAUGAUGUAGAUUGGUCAGUGUGGUGAAAUAUGAUGAUGUAGAUUGGUCAGUGUGGUGAAAUAUGAUGAUGUAGAUUGGUCAGUGUGAUGAAAUAUGAUGAUGUAGAUUGGUCAGUGUGAUGAAAUAUGAUGAUGUAGAUUGGUCAGUGUGAUGAAAUAUGAUGAUGUAGCUUGGUCAGUGUGACGAAAUAUGAUGAUGUAGAUUGGUCAGUGUGGUGAAAUAUGAUGAUGUAGAUUGGUCAGUGUGAUGAAAUAUGAUGAUGUAGAUUGGUUAGUGUGGUGAAAUAUGAUGAAGUAGAUUGGUUAGUGUGGUGAAAUAUGAUGAUGUAGAUUGGUCAGUGUGGUGAAAUAUGAUGAUGUAGAUUGGUCAGUGUUCAGUCAGUAAUCUACAUAUAGGGCAGAUUUGGCACUUUGAGCAGGAUGGAGAGACAGGGAUGGGGAGAGGAGGACGGAGAGGGGGACAGAGAGGGAGAGGAGGACAGAGAGGGAGAGAGCGGGACAGAGGGAGAGAGCGGGACAGAGGGAGAGAGCGGGACAGAGGGAGAGAGCGGGACAGAGGGAGAGAGCGGGACAGAGGGAGAGAGCGGGAGAGAGAGGGACAGAGGGGCACAGAGAGAGAGGGACAGAGGGGCACAGAGAGAGAGGGACAGAGGGGCACAGAGAGUGAGGGACAGAGGGGCACAGAGAGUGAGAGGGUGACAGAGACAGACAGCGAGAGUGUCAGAGACAGACAGCGAGAGUGUCAGAGACAGACAGCGAGAGUGUCAGAGACAGACAGCGAGAGUGACAGAGACAGACAGCGGGAGAGAGCGAGAGGGAGAGAGGUACAGAGAGUGAGACAGACUGUGAGAGACAGUGAGAGUAGUUGUGAGAGACAGUGAGAGUAGUUGUGAGAGACAGUGAGUGUGAUUGUGAGAGACAGUGAGUGUGAUUGUGAGAGAAAGUGACAAUAGGAGAGAGACAGUGACAGUGAGAGAGAGACAGUGACAGUGAGAGAGAGAGACAGUGAGAGACAGUGAGUGUGAGAGAGAGACAGUGAGUGUGAGAGAGAGACAGUGAGUGUGAGAGAGAGACAGUGAGUGUGAGAGAGAGACAGUGAGUGUGAGAGAGAGACAGUGAGUGUGAGAGAGAGACAGUGAGUGUGUGAGAGAGACAGUGAGUGAGUGAGAAGACAGUGAGACAGUGUGAGAGAGAGACAGUGAGUGAGUGUGAGAGAGAGACAGUGAGACAGUGAGAGAGAGAGAGAGAGAGAGAGAGAGACAGUGAAUUUGAGAGAGAGACAGUGACAGUGAGAGGGAGCCGGAGAGAGAGAGAGAGAGAGCCAGAGGGAGAUCAGAUUUGGUGACUCAGCAGUCCUGGGGUAUUUUGUGGUUAAAUAACUGGUGGGUAAAUUGCCCAUCCAUCUCUAUAAUAAUCACCCCACGUUCCUUAGCCAGCCAUUUUCCAGCCAAGCCAAACGUAAACAGUAAGGGGACUGUCAGUGUAUCAUGUUGAUGAAUGUCUAUUGCUUUUUCUCAAUGCUUCCACCAACAAUUAUGUGCUUAUUGAAAAUGAUUAAGAACAGAUGGCUUUGGAUUGAUUCGUCCCAUCGUCAUGGAAAUAACCUAACCAAAAGAAUUGCAAUCUGUUUUUUUGUCGAACAUAGCAAUAUGACUAUUUGGAUUGGUUUUAUGAAAAUAAAGUGUAAUCAAUUAUACUCAUUGGUUACCAUGGCAGCAGAUAUGACUAUACAAUGUGGUAGCAGUGUUGAUAGUGGAAUUCAUUUAGAAUACACAUAAAUAUCUGGAACGAAUGAAAUACGUUUCCUGUAGAUGACUCCUCAAAGAACAGACAGUAUCGUGAACUGGAGAUUUUACCUCAUUAUGACCCCAAGAGUCUGACGACGUGUGCAAUAUCUUUGGAACCUUUUUCAGAAUACAACUAUUCUAGUAGACAGACUUCCUCCUCUUCUUCCUCCACAGAGCUACAAGCAGCCGUCAGCGUUUAUCGUCACCCAGCACCCCUUGCCCAACACGGUCAAAGACUUCUGGAGGCUGGUGCUGGACUACCACUGCACCUCCAUAGUGAUGCUCAACGAUGUAGACCCAGCGCAGGUAAGAGAGGCCAGUCAACUCAAUCCUAACCAUGUGAAUCAGCCAUGCCAUCCUUUACCAUACCAUCAAAGACAGACCUUCCAGACUCUGAGGUCUAUAAAAACGUACAGUGCAUUCGGAAAGUAUUCAGACCACUUGACUUUUCCACAUUUUGUUACGUUACAGCCUUAUUCUAAAAUGGAUUAGAAAAAAAAAUCCUCAUCAAUCUACACACAGUACCCCAUAAUGACAAAGCAAAACCAGGUUUUUACAUAAGUAUUCAGACCCUUUGCUAUGAGACUCGAAAUUGAGCUCAGGUAUUUGUAUUUGUAUUUAUUAUGGAUCCCCAUUAGCUCUUCCUGGGGUCCAGCAAAAAUAAGGCAGUUCAUACAAUUUUAAAAACAUUACAAUACAUUCACAGAUUUCACAACACAGUGUGCCCUCAGGCACCUACUCCACCACUACCACAUAUCUACAGUACAAAAUCCAUUAGUACGUGUGUGUAUAGUGCGUAUGUUAUCGUGUGUGUGUGUAUGCAUGUGUCUGUGCCUAUGUUUGUGUUCCUUCACAGUCCCUGCUGUUCCAUAAGGUUUUUUUAAAUCUGUUUUUCAAAUCAAAUUUUACUACUUGCAUCAGUGACUUGAUGUGGAAUAGAGUUCCAUGUAGUCAUGGCUCUAUGUAGUACUGUGUGCCUCCCAUAGUCUGUUCUGGACUUGGGGACUGUGAAGAGACCUCUGGUGGCAUGUCUUUUGGGGUAUGCAUGGGUGUCCGAAUUGUGCGCCAGUAGUUCAAACAGACAGCUCAGUGCAUUCAACAUGUCAAUACCUCUCAUAAAUACAAGCAGUGAUGAAGUCAAUCUCUCCUCCACUUUGAGCCAGGAGAGAUUGACAUGCAUAUUAUUAAUAUUAGCUCUCUGUGUACAUCCAAGGGCCAGCCGUGCUGCCCUGUUCUGAGCCAAGUGCAAGUCCUUUUUUUGUGGCACCUGACCAAACGACUGAACAGUAGUCCAGGUGUGACAAAUCUAGGGCCUGUAGGACCUGCCUUGUUGAUAGUGCUGUUAAGAAGGGAGAGCGCUUUAUUAUGGACAUACUUCUCCCCAUCUUAGCUACUGUUGUAUCAAUAUGUUUUGACCAUGACAGUUUACAAUCCAGGGUUACUCCAAGCAGUUUAGUCACCUCAACUUGCUCAAUUUCCAGUUAUUUAUUACAAGAUUUAGUUGAUGUUUAGUGAAUGAUUUGUCCCAAAUACAAUGCUUUUAGUUUUAGAAAUAUUUAGGACUAACUUAUUCCUUGCCUCCCACUCUGAAACUAACUGCAACUCUUUGUUAAGUGUUGCAGUCAUUUCAGUCGCUGUAGUAGCUGACAUGUAUAGUGUUGAGUCAUCCGCAUACAUAGACACUCUGGCUUUACUCAAAGCCAGUGGCAUGUCAUUAGUAAAGAUUGAAAAAAGUAAUGGGCCUAGACAGCUGCCCUGGGGAAUUCCUGAUUCUACCUGGGUUAUUUUGGAGAGGCUUCCAUUAAAGAACACCCUCUAUGUUCUGUUACAGGUAACUCUGUAUCCACAAUAUAGCAGGUGGAGUAAAGCCAUAACACAUAUGUUUUUCAGACUAUGAUCGAUAAUGUCAAAAGCUGCACUGAAGUCUAACAAAACAGCCCUCACAAUCUUUUUAUCAUCAAUUUCUCUCAGCCAAUCAUCAGUCAUUUGUGUAAGUGCUGUGCUUGUUGAAUGUCCUUCUCUUUAAGCAUGCUGGAAGUUUGUUGUCAAUUUGUUUACUGUAAAAUAGCAUUGUAUCUGGUCAAACACAAUUUUUUCCAAUAGUUUACUAAGGGUUGGUAACAGGCUAAUUCAUUGGCUAUUUGAGCCAGUAAAGGGGGCUUUACUAUUCUUAGGUAGCGGAAUGACUUUUGCUGCCCUCCAAGCCUGGGGGCACACACAUUCUAGUAGGCUUAAAUUGAAAAUAUGGCAAAUAGGAGUGACAAUAUCGUCCGCUAUUAUCCUCAGUAAUUUUCCAUCCAAUUUGUCAGACCCCGGUGGCUUGUCAUUGUUGAUAGACAACAAUAAUUAUUUCACCUCUUCCACACUAACUUUACGGAAUUCAAAAUUACAAUGCUUGUCUUUCAUAAUUUGGUCAGAUAUACUUGGAUGUGUAGUGUCAGCAAUUGUUGCUGGCAUCUCAUGCCUAAGUUUGCUAAUCUUGUCAAUGAAAAAAUCAUUAAAAUAGUUGGCAAUAUCAGUUGGUUUUGUGAUUAAUGAGCCAUCUGAUUCAAUGAAUGAUGGAGCUGAGUUUGCCUUAUUUCCCAACAUUUCAUUUAAGGUGCUCCAAAGCAUUUUACUAUCAUUCUUUGUCAUUUAUAUUUGUUUCAUAGUGUAGUUUCUUCUUCUUUUUAUUCAGUUUAGUCACACUAUUUCUCAAUUAGCAAUACGUUUGCCAAUUGGUUGUGCAGCCAGACUUAUUUGCCAUUCCUUUUGCCUCAUCCCGCUCAACCAUACCAUUUUUCAAUUCCUCAUCAAUUCACGGGGAUUUAACAGUUUUUACAGUCAUGUUCUUAAUGGGUGCAUGCUUAUUAGUAACUGGAAUAAGCAAUUUCAUAAAUUUGUCAAGUGCAGUGUCUGUUUGCUCCUCAUUACCCACCACGGACCAACAUAUAUUCUUUACAUUAACUCAACAACAUAGGAAUCACUACAAAACUUAUUGUAUGACCUCUUAUACACAAUAGUAGGCCCAGCCUUUGGAACUUUGGUUUUCCUAGAUAUGGCUACUAUAUUGUGAUCACUACAUCCAAUGGAUUUGAAUACUGAUUUCAAACAAAUCUCUGCAGCAUUAGUUAAGAUAUGAUCAAUACAUGUUGAUGAUUUAGUUGCUGUACUGUUUGUAACUACCCUGGUAGGUUGACUGAUAACCUGAACCAGGUUGCAUGCACUGGUUACAGUUUGAAGCUUUCUCUUGAGUGGGCAGCCUGAUGAAAGCCAGUCAAUAUUUAAAUCACCCAGAAAGCAUACCUCUCUAUUGAUAUCACAUACAUUAUCAAGCAUUUCACACGUUAUCCACAUACUGACUGUUAGCACUUGGUGAUCUAUAGCAGCUUCCCAACAGAAUGGGCUUUAGGUGAGGCAGAUGAACCUGUAGCCAUAUUAUAAUAAUAAUAAUAAUUGGUUAUUUAGCAGACGCUCUUAUCCAGAGCGACUUACAGGAGCAAUUAGGGUUAAGUGCCUUGCUCAAGGGCACAUCGACAGAUUUUUCACCUAGUCGGCUUGGGGAUUAGAACCAGUCGACCUUUCGGUUACUGGCACAACGCUCUUAACCACUAAGCUAACUGCCGCCCUCAUUAUAUUACUUCAACAGUACUUAUAUUACUUCAACAGUAUUUAACAUGAGAUCCUCUCUCAUCUUCACAUGAAUGUGGUUCUGAUAUAUAAACAGCAACACCUCCACCAUUGGCAUUUCUAUCUUUUCUGUAAAUGUUAUAACCUUGUAUUGCUACCACUGUAUCAUCAAAGGUAUUUUCAAAGUGAGUUUCAGAGAUCGUCAGAAUAUGAAUGCCAUCUGUUACUAGCAAAUUAUUGAUUUCAUGAACCUUGUUUCUUAAGCUAUAUAUGUUAACGUGGGCUAUUUUGAGCACUUUUCUUCUGGGAUGCUUACUUGUUUUUAUUGCUUUACUGGGAAGCUUAGGAGCAGUAGAUGUGCUCAUGUUCUUUAUGUUAGUGCAAGGUGAGCUGCACAUUGUGGACCUCCUCCAAGGGCACACCGGCUUAGUGCUAACAGUAUAAAUCUGGUUCUUAAGCACAUGAUUACUGCAUCAGCAGAGGCAUUCAGGGCAGUUAGAGGGACAUAAAUUAGGUUACUUAUAUUGUGUUUACUGACGCCCCUGGUGUAAUGUACAUUUGCUGAAGAAUUAUGACAACUCUGCGUCACAAUGGUAGGGAUUAGCUGAGCUGGGCUUGGGUCAUUGAUAAGUCAUUGUCUCAACGCAGCCUUAUAAUGCUGUGAAAGGAUCCAGGAACCCUAAUUAUUUGGGUGGAUCCCAUCCUCCUUAUAAAACGUGUUUUGUUUCCAAAAGCUAUCGAAAUUGUCAACAAAAAAUACACCCAUUGAGCUGCAAUAAUCACGUAGCCAGUUGUGAAGAACAAGAAUCCUGCUAAAGCGUUCAAUGCCAAGAUUCAGAGAGGGCACAGGGCCAGAUAUGAUGUUUUUUUUGUUAGCGUCUAGCAGAGAGUCAAUCAGCUCUUCAGUUUCAACUGUUCAGAGCUGCCCUUCAUAAUGUCAUUGAAACCCACAUGGACUACGAUAUAAUCGAUUUCCAUGUCCUGACGUAGUACAUUCAGGAGCAGCUUAGUAAUGUCAUUUACUCGAGCUCCGGGAUAGGACAUUGGAGCUGACCAAAAUCAGGGCUUGCGAGAAGGACGAGGAAAUCCGCCCACUCUCACGCGUCACAGGAUUCUGAGAACCCUUUAUGGAUGGGCGAGAAGCAGCAUAACUUGAGCCCGUUGCUCCCGGCAUCCGACAGAUGGAGAAGCCCCGCUCGAUCCAGAGCAGGGACGGAAGGUUGCCGACUUCGAAAUCGUGGUAGUAGGCACUGCGGCCGCAGACACAGGUACCCCUAGCGACUAAGGUGCAGGUAGAUCAGGCUCCAGAACGCCAAAACUAUUCGUUGUUUGUAUCUGCUCCGGGCCUCUCGUUGGGAGUGUAGACUGCUUUGCGGGAGGUCGCUGUCUUCGGCUUCCAUGGCUCGUGACAUGCGACCAUCGUUGAUUGCCUUUCUCCUCAUGCUGUGCUCCUUCGUCUCCGAUAUCAGAUGGGGGAGCUCCGGGCAAUACCGGCCAGUCGGAUAACGACAAGGCGACGAUGCAUCCACAAGCGCGAACGCCAUCCAGCCACUGGUGUAGAAAAUGUAAACAUUCCACUCUGCAUUUUCCCCAGUUUCUUACGUAGGCUGGCGACCUGCGUGAUCAAGGAAGCCACCUCAAGCCUAUAAUCCUUGGCAUGUAAACAAUUGCUGCAUUGGAACUCUGAGUGAUCCGGUUUGUCCGGAAACAAAGCGUAAUAGAUACAGCGCUGGAACCGUUCAUUUAGUUCUCCAGACAGAGGGCUCCAUUGCAAAACUCAUCUGGUACCAGCUUCGUUCGCUUGAUGGCUAGCACUAAUGGAAACAGGAUGCACCUGUUUCCAAUGGUCCGUAGAGCUCCGAGACAGAAUUGUGUCGAGGCACAUAUCUGGGGAAGGGCACCAAAACAUUUCUCCAGCAUUCUCCACCAAGAACACAGUGGCCUCCAUCAUUCUGAAAUGGAAGAAGUUUGGAACCACGAGCUGGCCGCCUGGCCAAACUGAGCAAUCGGGGGAGAAGGGUUUUGAUCGGGGAGGUGAGCAAGAACACGAUAGUCACUCUGACAGAGCUCCAGAGUUCCUAUGUGGAGAUGGGAGAACCUUCCAGAAGGACAAACAUCUCUGCAGCACUCCACCAAUCAGGCCUUUAUAAUAGAGUGGCCAGACGGAAGCCACUCCUCAGUAAAAGGCACAUGACAGCACGCUUGGAGUUUGACCAAAGGCACCUAAAGGACUCUCAGACCAUGAGAAACAAGAUUCUCUGGUCUGAUGAAACCAAGAUUGAACUCUUUGGCCUGAAUGCCAAGUGUCAUGUCUGGAGGAAACCUGGUACCAUUCCUACGGUGAAGCAUGGUGGUGGCAGCAUCAUGCUGUGGGGAGGUUUUUCAGCGGCAGGGACUGGGAGACUAGUCAGGAUCGAGGGAAAGAUGAACAGAGCAAAGUACAGAGAGAUCCUUGAUGAAAACCUGCUCCGGAGCGCUCAGGACCUCAGACUGGGGCAAAGGUUCACCUUCCAACAGGACAACGACCCUAAGCACACAGCCAAGACAAUGCAUGGCUUCGGGACAAGUCUCUGAAUGUCCUUGAGUGGCCCAGCCAGAGCCUGGACUUGAACCCGAUGGAACAUCUCUGGAGAGAUCUCAAAAUAUCUGUGCUGGAAUCCUCCCCAUCCAACCUGACAGAGCUUAAGAGGAUAUGCAGAGAAGAAUGUGACAAACUCCACACAUACAGGUUAGCCAAGCUUGUAGCGUCAUACGCAAGAAGACUUGAGGCUGUAAUUGCUGCUAAAGGUGCUUCAACAAAUUACUGAGUAAAGGGUCUGAAUACUUAUGUAAAAGUGAUUCUAAAAACCUGUUUUUGCUCAGUCAUUAUGGGGUAUGUUUUGUAGAUUGAUGAGGGGAAAAAAACUAUUGAAUCCAUUUUAGAAUAAGGCUGUAACGUAACAAAAUGUGGAAAAAAAUCAAGGGGUCUGAAUACUUUCCGAAUGCACUCUGUUUUUAAUUUAACAAAGUGUAUGGUCCAAAAGUGCAGUUUAACAGAGGGCAAUGUUUUUGGUUGUGUGUUCAACUACCAAAAGUCCAAUUGGCACUUGAGGGCUGGAGUUGGUUAUUCCUCCAAUAGAAAGGAGACCAGACCAGUGCAGAUACCAGUAGCGUUCAAAGAGGAGGGGAAGGGGUCUGCCUCAAAUGGACUCUGGGCACUCAAGCCUGGGGACCUGUCUGUCAGAAUGUUGCAGGGAUCAAAGAAUAGUGUGUGGCAGCUUUUCCCCGCAACACCGCCCCCCUGGGUGGCUACAGUAGCAUCUCAUUCGCUAUUCUGACUGUAGCAAGGCAAACUGGGUACGCUGCUAUGGUGGAAUGGCCUAGUUUGUGUCAUUGUGUUAUAUCUCAUUUGUUGUUGUGGAUUAGGCUCAAUAGAAAGUGUUUUGCUCGUAAUACAGAAUCCAAUUUUAGGAAGUCCCUAGUAGUCAAUGUGACAUUCUCAAUUGUUAGCCUUAGCAAUUCUCACUUCUCACCUCAAAAGUAGUUGUUCCUCAAGCCUCAAACAAUGCAAACUCGUCUCUCAGAUGAAACGCCUCAGUUGUCAUUGCAAAAAGCGAAGCUGUCAAUUGUCAGCAACUUCUCUGUUUAUUCAAUGUCUCAUUUUAAAAAUGUGUGUGUAAUAAGUGUGUGUUUGUGUGCAGCUGUGUCCCCAGUACUGGCCGGAGAACGGUAUGCACCGCCACGGGCCCAUCCAGGUGGAGUUUGUGUCAGCUGACCUGGAGGAGGACAUCAUCAGCAGGAUAUUCCGCAUCUACAACGCUGCACGGGUAAGAGACAGAACGCACACACACACUCUCCAGCUUUCUCACACACGGUCAUGCUAACAUGUCCACAUAUCUCUCUCCAGCCGCAGGAUGGGUAUCGCAUGGUGCAGCAGUUCCAGUUCCUGGGCUGGCCCAUGUACCGGGACACCCCCGUCUCCAAGCGCUCCUUCCUCAAGCUCAUCCGCCAGGUGGACAAGUGGCAGGAGGAGUAUGACGGGGGAGAGGGACGUACCGUGGUGCACUGUCUGUAAGUAGGGUUCCAAAGUGUGGGUAUAUUACUGGAAACUUUCUAAGUUUACCAGUUAACUACCAGAAUGAUGGUGUCUUUCAAGGAUUUAAUGUAAUCUAUCACAAGACAUCUAGUGGCCCUUUUGGAUACUUCAGAUGAUCACAGGUGUCUGUAAUUAUCUCUGGCCCUUUGUGUGGCCUUAUCACAUGUCAAAUAUAUGAAAUAAUUAAAUAAGAUGAUUUUUAAAUAGAAUGACAAAGCUGUAAAGCAUUAUCCUAAAUAUAAACCAUCAAUUUAGUGAAUACCAUUGGUGUUUAAUAUGAGCAUGCCAGCAUGAAAUAUCUUUCCAAAAAAUGUUUUACACACUUUUAUUUAUUUCACUAUGUCAAUAUGUAUUUGUCAAUGUUUUGGAAUCAAACUGGUGGUAGUUGGGAAAAAUGUAAACAGUUGGAAGAGUUGCAGAGUUAAUUGAAAAUAAUGCCAUUGUUGAUUAGAUGCUUUUUUUCAUUAAUUAGGCUAUAUAGACACGUAUAAAAAAUUACUAUAAAUCAAUAAUACAAAUAAAAAAAGUUAUUCAAGUAUGAAUUACCAAAGUUACGAUAGAAUGCCAUAGAUUUUCUGUUAAUUACCAAAAUGACUGAAGAUCCAGUAACUUUAGUAAAUGACCGGUAGCUUUGUAGCCCUAUCUGUAAGUACCUACCGGUCAUGUCUCAGCCUAUAACCUCUGUACUUCCUGAAUGGGUGGAGAGAGAAGGGAAUCUUGGGUAUUUGAUCUAACAAUCAGAUGGGUAAUUUUGGUCCAACAUGGCUGCCCAAAAUGCCACCGGGAUCAUAGUGACACUGGACCACUCUGAUGGGACAGUGUGAAAUGUCACAGUCCUCCUCUAAUGGUGAUCAAUUACACUCUAGCCAUCAGGAUGUAGCCCUCGCGUCUCUCCAUCCUGCCUUCUGACAGCCAUCUGUAAAGGGUGACAUACUGAAGGCCCACCAGACAAUGCUCAGUGCUCUCACAAACAUUGUCUGUCAUCAUAAUGAACCAUAAUGAACAUAACGCCAUUUAAAGGCCCACUUCUUAAUUUGAAAAAACAACAAAACAGCAGCCCUGCCUCUUGGUUUGCUAUAAAGCUUAGGAAUGGGGAUGAACAUAUUCUUCGAAUAUAUGUGUGUGUGUGUGUGUGUGUGUGUGUGUGUGUGUGUGUCAAAAUGGCCCAAAACAAAUAACUUUCUUCUGGAACUCGUCAGUCUAUUCAAGUUCUGAAAAAUGAAGGCUAUUCCAAAUACAUUAGUGUCUAGUUUGAGAAACAGACGCCUCACAGGUCCUCAACUGGCAGCUUCAUUAAAUAGUACCUGCAAAACACCACUAUUUAAUUAUGCUGCCAGUUGAGGACCUGUGAGGCGUCUGUUUCUCAAACUAGACACUCUAAUGUAUUUGGCCUCUUGCUCAGUUGUGCACCGGGGCCUCCCUCUCCAAUAUGCGCUGUUCUGUGAAGGGAGUAGUACACAGCGUUGUACGAGAUCUUCAGUUUCUUGGCAAUUUCUCGCAUGGAAUAGCCUUCAUUUCUCAGAACAAUAAUAGACUGACGAGUUUCAGAAGAAAAUGAUUUAUUUCUGGCCAUUUUGAGCCUGUAAUCGAACCCACAAUUGCUGAUGCUCCAGAUACUCAACUAGUCUCAAGAAGGCCAGUUUUAUUGCUUAUUUAAUCAGCACAACAGUUUUCAGCUGUGCUAACAUAAUUGCAAAAAGGUUUUCUAAUGAUCAAUUAGCCUUUUAAAAUAAUAAACUUGGAUUAGCAAACACGACGUUCCAUUGGAACACAGGACUGAUGGUUGCUGAUAAUGGGCCUCUGUACGCCUAUGUAGAUAUUCCAUUAAAAAUCAGCCGUUUCCAGCUACAAUAGCCAUUAACAACAUGAACAAUGUCUACACUGUUUUUCUGAUCAAUUUUAUGUUAUUUUAAUGGACAAAAUAAAUGGACAUUUCUAAGUGACCCCAAACUUUUGAACGGUAGUGUAUGUAUGUAUGUAUGUAUGUAUGUAUAUAUAUACUGCUCAAAACAAUUAAGGGAACACUAAAAUAACACAUCCUAGAUCUGAAUGAAUGAAAUAAUCUUAUUAAAUACUUUUUUCUUUACAUAGUUGAAUGUGCUGACAACAAAAUCACACAAAAAUUAUCAAUGGAAAUCAAAAUGUAUCAACCCAUGGAGGUCUGGAUUUGGAGUCACCCUCAAAAUUAAAGUGGAAAACCACACUACAGGCUGAUCCAACUUUGAUGUAAUGUCCUUAAAACAAGUCAAAAUGAGGCUCAGUAGUGUGUGUGGCCUCCACGUGCCUGUAUGACCUCCCUACAACGCCUGGGAAUGCUCCUGAUGAGGUGGCGGAUGGUCUCCUGAGGGAUCUCCUCCCAGACCUGGACUAAAGCAUCCGCCAACUCCUGGACAGUCUGUGGUGCAACGUGGCGUUGGUGGAUGGAGCGAGACAUGAUGUCCCAGAUGUGCUCAAUUGGAUUCAGGUCUGGGGAACGGGCGGGCCAGUCCAUAGCAUCAAUGCCUUCCUCUUGCAGGAACUGCUGACACACUCCAGCCACAUGAGGUCUAGCAUUGUCUUGCAUGAGGAGGAACCCAGGGCCAACCGUACCAGCAUAUGGUCUCACAAGGGGUCUGAGGAUCUCAUCUCGGUACCUAAUGGCAGUCAGGCUACCUCUGGCGAGCACAUGGAGGGCUGUGCGGCCCCCCAAAGAAAUGCCACCCCACACCAUGACUGACCCACCGCCAAACCGGUCAUGCUGGAGGAUGUUGCAGGCAGCAGAACAUUCUCCACGGCGUCUCCAGACUCUGUCACGUCUGUCACGUGCUCAGUGUGAACCUGCUUUCAUGUGUGAAGAGCACAGGGCGCCAGUGGCAAAUUUGCCAAUCUUGGUGUUCUCUGGCAAAUGCCAAACGUCCUGCACGGUGUUGGGCUGUAAGCACAACCCCCACCUGUGGACGUCGGGCCCUCAUACCACCCUCAUGGAGUCUGUUUCUGACCGUUUGAGCAGACACAUGCACAUUUGUGGCCUGCUGGAGGUCAUUUUGCAGGGCUCUGGCAGUGCUCCUCCUGCUCCUCCUUGCACAAAGGCAGAGGUAGCAGUCCUGCUGCUGGGUUGUUGCCCUCCUACGGCCUCCUCCACGUCUCCUGAUGUACUGGCCUGUCUCCUGGUAGCGCCUCCAUGCUCUGGACACUACGCUGACAGACACAGCAAACCUUCUUGCCACAGCUCGCAUUGAUGUGCCAUCCUGGAUGAGCUGCACUACCUGAGCCACUUGUGUGGGUUGUAGACUCCGUCUCAUGCUACCACUAGAGUGAAAGCACCGCCAGCAUUCAAAAGUGACCAAAACAUCAGCCAGGAAGCAUAGGAACUGAGAAGUGGUCUGUGGUCACCACCUGCAAAACCAGUCCUUUAUUGGGGGUGUCUUGCUAAUUGCCUAUAAUUUCCACCUGUUGUCUAUUCCAUUUGCACAACAGCAUGUGAAAUUUAUUGUCAAUCAGUGUUGCUUCCUAAGUGGACAGUUUGAUUUCACAGAAGUGUGAUUGACUUGGAGUUACAUUGUGUUGUUUAAGUGUUCCCUUUAUUUUUUUGAGCAGUGUAUGUAUAUAUAUGUAUAUGUGUAUGUGUGUAUAUAUUUAAUUCAAAAUGAUCAAAAAUGUUUGUCAAUCUAUCUCAAUAUUUGACCCAUUAGUCUGGCCCAAGUCUACUUUUUUAACCAGACAAAUCAGUGUGACAUCACGGUGUGAAUGUAAAUGUGCAAUCCGUCCCAGGUGAUCUCCACUUACUAAAUAGGAGAAAUGGAGGAGAGAGGUUGCUGAAUUACCAGAGGGAGAGAAUCAAAUAAAAUGAGCUUGUGGUUCCCGAUGCUGCCCAGAUUUAGCUUUUAAAACCCCAGUGGGAGAGGCUUCUGGGUGGGUCUCUGCCUCCGCUCAAUCUGCCCUUCCUUAUCUUCAGCAGCCCCACUUUACUCAGAGAAAUGGGGGGAUGAGGAGGGGAGAGAUAGAGGAGGAGGAGAGAAGAGGCCCUAGUUGUGUGGGAAAUGAGAUUGGAAAGUGGAGGGAAGGAGGACGACAGUGUGUGUGGAUGACAGGGUCUUUGUUGAUGUAUUCUGUGGUUGGUGCUCUUUAACAGGGUUACUGGUCCGUUUUGUAAGACAGAGAGUCCAGGAGAAAAAAAACAUAAGUGACUCUUAUUGUUAGAGUCUCCGGAGAGAUUCCAAUCGCCCGACCAGAGCAACCCACACACACAGUCACACACAGGCGCGCGCACACACACGAUGCUGACAAACAAGCGCUGAAGCGCCGAAACACACUAACCAGAGACAAACAGCCCACACAACACACACACUAAACAAACGUCAGAAAGAAAAGUGUCCAUCCCCCUGAUCUGACUGUCUAUUACCCCCCCGUAGUGUACUAUAUAGGAAAUAGGCUGCCGUUUGGGACUGGACAUUCCCCGGAAUUAUGUAUAAUGCCAGAGGAAUGUGGAGGUUGACAGAGGUUAACUCCUGAGUUGAGAGAGGCGACUCCUGUGAAGGAGGAGUACACCGGUUUUAUGCGUAGGGGAGAGUGGGGUAAGUUGAGAAAAGGCAGUAAGUUGAGCCACCCUUGUUUCUAGGAAACCAUACACAAAAUGUUUAGUUUGACCAAAUAUUUAGGAAGAGGCCAUCAUUUCAUUUGAGUCUGUGAAGGAAGACACCACAUGAAAAAAGUGAUAAGCAAGUUUAGGUCCAAAAAAGUGAUUGUUCACAAAGUCAAAUGAAUUUAUUGUGUUAGAGGUUUCAUGAUGCUUGUAUCUAAACCAAAGUAGAUCGUUUUAAGAUUGUUCUAUACAUCAGUUGGGGUCUCUAACUCCUGAGUGGCGCAGUGGUCUAAGGCACUGCAUCGCAGUGCUAACUGUGCCACUUGAGAUCCUGGUUCGAAUCCAGGCUCUGUCGCAGCCGGCCACGACCGGGAGACUCAUGGGCGGCGCACAAUUGGCCCAGCGUCGUCCAGGGUAGGGGAGGGAAUGGCCGGCAGGGAUGUAGCUCAGUUGAUGGAGCAUGGCGUUUGCAACGCCAGGGUUGUGGGUUCGAUUCCCACGGGGGGCCAGUAUAAAAAAAUAAAUAUGUAUUCACUAACUGUAAGUCGCUCUGGAUAAGAGCGUCUGAUAAAUGACUAAAAAUGUCAAAUGUAAAUGUCUAUAUGAGGUCCUAAACCUAGCAUGAAAAUGCAUCCUUGUAGCUGUGUGGGAUAAUAUAGUCAAAAUGUUUGCCUUGGGGUAAGUUGAGCCAAUGGCUGUGGGGUAAGUUGGGGUAAGUUGAGCCAAUGGCUGUGGGGUAAGUUGAGCCAAUGGCUGUGGGGUAAGUUGAGCCAAUGGCCUCGGGGUAAGUUGAGCCAAUGGCCUCGGGGUAAGUUGAGCCAAUGGCCUCGGGGUAAGUUGAGCCAAUGGCCUCGGGGUAAGUUGAGCCAAUGGCCUCGGGGUAAGUUGAGCCAAUGGCCUCGGGGGUAAGUUGAGCCAAUGGCCUCGGGGGUAAGUUGAGCCAAUGGCCUCGGGGUAAGUUCAGCCAAUGGCAAGUUGAGCAAAUUAGAAAGAAUACUAUAUUUCCCUUGAAGGAGUGAUGCUGAAUGUACAAAAUGGCUCAACUUACCCUACUCUCCCCUACACUGAACUCAAACUGCUUCCUCUUGUGACAUUUUGUGACUCUCAGCUUGCAACUCUUAAAAGCUCUUCGGCUUUUCAGACAGUAAAGUUGACCAACCUGGAGAGUUUCUGAGGAAGAGCAGCUCUUCAUGAGAAGUUUACUAACUACUUAGAGAGCCAGCUGUAUGUUCCACACAGGGGUGAAAGUAAAAUUAAUUUAUUCCCGGUACAGGACCUCCUAUGCACCAAAACAUUUGAUGGACCUAAUCAUAGAAUUACAUAUAUAAUCCCUAUUAAUUCAAUAGGAUCUCUGUGGGUCUAGUCGUAAAGAUUUGUCAUUGAACUAUUAUUACCUUUUAUUGUUGCAUAAACACAACCUGUCAUGAUGUUUUCAUCUGAUUGUCAAACAAUCACUUCAAAGGGCUCCUUUACUAGGCUAACCGUGCACGUUCAUCCACUCACAACAUAUUUUCAGCCUCCAAACAGUGGUGAAUGAAAAAAUACAUGUUACACAAAACACUAAAAAGUGUAAUGACAUUUGGCGAUUGUCAUUUGGCCAGAAUUUAUGCAUCCACUGCUGUCCGCACGCGUCAGUGUCGGCCACUCAUCUCUGCCUUAGCAAAAUGUCAGUGUUCUUGUCAAACCACAUCGCAUUUUGGAGCGGAGGCUAUAGCACCCGUUUGCAAGUCUAUUCGCUCAUUAUUCAUGCCUCUGACAUGGGGUAAUGAUAAAAAGUGGUGUAAUAGCCUACAGUUUUCUUGACAUUUUGUUUAAAUUAUUUUUGAUAGGCUCAUGUUUUACCGAUAUGGCGUACCGCCUUACUUUCACCCAUUUCCACACACACUUGAGUAUCAGCGGGUGGCCUGGCCACCUCUUGUUGUGGUGGAUUGGCAGUAGUGUGGCGCCAUCUAGAGGGCAAAAUCCAAAACAGCGAGCACAGAAAGAGAUGUUGGGAAGUUUGGCCAAGCUUUAUGUCAAACAUGUCAUGUCCCAAUCACCAUACAACACUGAUAAUGUUAUUCAUUCAUGAAGCUUACAUUUUGUUCAGGUAACACAUUACUUAAAGCCGGUAUAAUGUUGUAAAACUUGGACAAAGGACACUUAAUUCGGGGGUGGAAACGUUUUGCAAUUCUGACAGGUUCUUAUGGACUUUAUAUAAUAUCUAGGUCUAUGAUCCAACCCUACCUCAUUUUCUUUCUCUCUCUCAGGAAUGGUGGAGGACGUAGCGGGACGUUCGGUGCAAUUAGCAUCGUGUGCGAGAUGCUCCGGCAUCAGCGCUCGGUCGACGUGUUCCACGCGGUCAAAACACUGAGGAACAACAAACCCAACAUGGUCGACUUACUGGUAAGAACCAGUGCUGAUCUAGGAUCAGUUCUCUCUUUUAGAUCAUAAGGAAUAACAUAACAUGGACGGGGGGGGGUGGGUCCUAGAUCAGCGCUCUUACUCUGAGACGAUUUAUGAAUAUAGACCCAAACCCUUAUAGUGGUUCACUGGUCAUUGCUACAAAUUCUACAGUUACAACACGCUAAUGGGUACUUAUACGACAAGUUGUGUUGCCAAAGUCAAUUGAACUUAACUCCAGAAAAUUGCAGUUUACAUUUUGAAUAAGGAGAUAAUAACAAUGUGAUUGUGAAUCGCUCAGCCAUUAUAAUGCAAUAAUUAAAGGCCAAGUCAAUUCAGCCAUGUCUAGUCCAGUAACUGUCAUUGAUUAUGUACUCUUCUUACCAUUCAUUCACAGGAUCAAUACAAGUUCUGCUAUGAGGUGGCACUGGAGUACUUGAAUUCUGGUUAGCUGGGCUGAAAGCUGCUCCCCCCAUCGGUCCUACCCCCAUACCACAGCCCUCACAGCUUCCCUGGACUGAGUCUCUUAAACCUGAGUGAAUGUUGGUUACUGGAGGACAGAAAUGAACUGCUGUGUUCCGCUGGGCACAGGACAGGGUCGUACCAUCGCACCGCUACGGAUUUAAGAAGAGGGGAGGAAAGAGGGUGGUUGUUUUCAACCGGAUGCAUUUGCACUGCCUCUCUACUAGACAGUGCUACUGUAACCCCCCCAACCCCUCUCCUCUCUAUUAGACAGUGCUACUGUAACCCCCCCCAACCCCUCUCCUCUCUACUAGACAGUGCUACUGUAACCCCCCCCAACCCCUCUCCUCUCUAUUAGACAGUGCUACUGUAACCCCCCCCCAACCCCUCUCCUCUCUACUAGACAGUGCUACUGUAACCCCCCCAACCCCUCUCCUCUCUACUAGACAGUGCUACUGUAACCCCCCAACCCCUCUCCUCUCUACUAGACAGUGCUACUGUAACCCCCAACCCCUCUCCUCUCUAUUAGACAGUGCUACUGUAACCCCCCAACCCCUCUCCUCUCUAUUAGACAGUGCUACUGUAACCCCCCCCAACCCCUCUCCUCUCUACUAGACAGUGCUACUGUAACCCCCCAACCCCUCUCCUCUCUACUAGACAGUGCUACUGUAACCCCCCCAACCCCUCUCCUCUCUACUAGACAGUGCUACUGUACCCCCCCCCCCCCCCCCAACCCCUCUCCUCUCUAUUAGACAGUGGCUACUGUAACCCCCACCAAACCCCUCUCUCUCUACUAGACAUGUGCUACUGUAACCCCCCCAACCCCUCUCCUCUCUACUUAGACAGUGCUACUGUACCCCCCCCCCCCCAACCCCCUCUCUCUCUACUAGACAGUGCUACUGUAACCCCCCCAACCCCUCUCCUCUCUAUUAGACAGUGCUACUGUAACCCCACCCAACCCCUCUCCUCUCUACUAGACAGUGCUACUGUAACCCCCCCCAACCCCUCUCCUCUCUAUUAGACAGUGCUACUGUAACCCCCCAACCCCUCUCCUCUCUAUUAGACAGUGCUACUGUAACCCCCCCCAACCCCCUCUCCUCUCUACUAGACAGUGCUACUGUAACCCCCCAACCCCUCCUCUCUAUUAGACAGUGCUACGUAACCCCCCCCCAACCCCUCUCCUCUCUAUUAGACAGUGCUACUGUAACCCCCCCAACCCCCUCUCCUCUCUACUAGACAGUGCUACUGUAACCCCCCCCCCCCAACCCCUCUCCUCUCUAUUAGACAGUGCUACUGUAACCCCCCCCCAACCCCUCUCCUCUCUAUUAGACAGUGCUACUGUAACCCCCCCAACCCCUUCCUUCUAUAACAGUGCUAUGAAACCCCCCCAACCCUCUCCUCCUACUAGACAGUGCUACUGUAACCCCCCCCAACCCUUCCUCUCUCUAGACAGUGUACUGUCCCCCCCCCCCCCAACCCCCUCCUUCUACUAACAGUGCUCUGAAAAAACCCCCCCCCAACCCCCCUCUCCUCCAUUAAAAGUGUACUGAAACCCCCCCCAACCCCCUUCCCCUCUUCUAGCAGUGCUACUGAAACCCCCAACCCCUCUCCUCUUUUUAGACAGUCUACGAACCCCCCCCCAACCCUCUCCUUCUACUAGACGUGCUACUGUAACCCCCCCCCCCCCAAAACCCCUCCUCUUAUAGACUGUUUACUGUAACCCCCAAAACCCCUCUUCUCUCUAGACAUGCUACGAACCCCCCCAACCCCCCCCCCUCUUUUGACGUGUACGUAACCCCCCCCAAACCCCCUUCCCUUUUUAGACGUGUACUGGACCCCCCCAACCCCUAUCCUCUCUAUAGACAGUGCUACUGUACACCCCCCAACCCCUCUCCUCUCUAUUAGACGUGCUACUGUAACCCCCCCCAACCCCUCUCCUCUCUACUAGACAGUGCUACUGUAACCCCCCCACCCCUCUCCCCUCUUAUUAGACAGUGGUACUGUAACCCCCCCAACCCCUCUCCUCUCUAUUAGACAGUGCUACUGUAACCCCCCCCCAACCCCUCUCCUCUCUAUUAGACAGUGCUACUGUAACCCCCCCAACCUCUCCUCUCUACUAGACAGUGCUACUGUAACCCCCCCCCACCCCUCUCCUCUCUAUUAGACAGUGCUACUGUAACCCCCCCAACCCCUCUCCUCUCUAUUUAGACAGUGCUACUGUAACCCCCCCCCCCAACCCCUCUCCUCUCUACUAGACGUGCUACUGUAACCCCCCAACCCCUCUCCUCUCUACUAGACAGUGCUACUGUAACCCCCCCAACCCCUCUCCCCCUCUCUAUAGACAGUGCUACUGUAACCCCCCCCAACCCCUCUCCUCUCUACUAGACAGUGCUACUGAACCCCCCCCAACCCUCUCCUCUCUAUUAGAAGUGCUACUGUAACCCCCCCCCCCCCCCCUCUCCCUCUCUACAGACAGUGCUACUGCCCCCCCCCCCCAAACCCCCCCCCUCUCACUAGACAGUGCUACUGUAACCCCAAAAACCCCCCUCCCUCUCUAUAACGUGCUUGUAACCCCCCAAACCCCCUCUUCUUUUUCAGGUCUACUUCCCCCCCCCCCCCCCUUUUCCUCUUACUAGACAGUGUACGUAACCCCCACCCUUCCCUCUUUUAACAGGCUACUGUCCCCCCCCAAAAACCCCUCUCUCUCUACUGCGUGCCUGAAACCCCCCCAACCCCUUCCUUUUAUUAGACAGUGCUACGAAACCCCCCCCAACCCCCCCUUCCUCUCUAUUAGACAGUGUACAACCCCCCCAACCCCCUUCCCUCUAUGAAGUGCUACUGUACCCCCCCCAAACCCUUCCUUCUAUGACAGUGCUACUGUAACCCCAACCCCUUCCUAUUAACAGUGUACGAAAACCCCCCAACCCCUCUCCUCUCUAUUAAAAGUGCAUGUACCCCCCCCAAACCCCUCCCCUUCUACUAACAGUGCUCGUAACCCCCCCCCCCCCCUCUCUUCUAGACGUGUACUGAACCCCCCCAACCCCUCUCCUCUUUUUAGCGUGCUACUGAAAAACCCCCCCCCCCCCUUCCUCUUACAGACAUGAUGUAACCCCCCCCCCCCCCCCAACCCCUCUCCUCUCUACUAGACAGGCUAGAAACCCCCCCCAACCCUUCUCUCAUUAGACAUUUGCUCGAAACCCCCAAAACCUUCUCUUCUAUUAGACAGUGCUACUGUAACCCCCCCAACCCCUUCCUCUCUUUUAGACGUGUACUGAAACCCCCCCAACCCCUCUCCUCUUAUUAGACAGUGUACUGAACCCCCCCCCCCAACCCCUCUCCUUCAUAGACAGUGUACUGAAAACCCCCCCAACCCCUUCCUCUUAUUAACAGUGCAUGUAACCCCCCCCCCCCCCCAACCCCUCUCCCUCUAUUAGACAGUGACGAAACCCCCCCCAACCCCUUCCUUCUAUUAGACAGUGCUACGUAACCCCCCCAACCCCUUCCUUUUUAAAUUAAAGUGCUCUGAAACCCCCCCCCCAACCCCCUUUCCCUCUCAUUGACAUGCUACUGAAACCCCCCCCCAAACCCUCCCCUCCCCAUUAGACAGUGUACUGUACCCCCCCCAAAACCCCUCCCCUCUCUACUAGAAGGCUCUGUAACCCCCCCAAACCCCCUCUCCUUCUACAACAGGCUACUGAAACCCCCCCCCAACCCCUCUCCUCUCUACUAGACGUCUCUGUAACCCCCCCCCCCAACCCCUCUCCUUCUCUGACAGUGAGGAACCCCCCCAACCCCUCCCCUCACUAACAGUGCCUGUACCCCCCCCCAACCCCCCUCUCCUCUUUUUAACAGUGCACUGAAACCCCCCCACCCCCUCUCCUCUCUUUUCUCAUUGACAGGCUACGUAACCCCCCCCCCCCCCUUCCUCUUUAAGAAAAUUGCUAUUUCCCCCCCCCAACCCCCCUCCCCUUACUAGACAGUGCUACGUCCCCCCCCAACCCCUUCCUUCUAUUAGACAGUGCUAUGAACCCCCCCCCCCCAACCCCUCCCUCUCUAUAGACGUGCUACGAACCCCCCCCAACCCUUCCUCUUACUAACAUGUACUGAAAACCCCCAAACCCCUUCCCUUCUAUAGACAUGCUACGUAACCCCCCAACCCCUCUCCUCUUUUAGACAGUGUAUGUAACCCCCCCCAACCCCCCCUCUCCUCUCUACAGACAUGCUCUGUAAACCCCCAACCCCCCUCCCCUUUACAGACAGUGUACUGAAACCCCCCAACCCCUCCCCUCUCUAUUAGACGUGCUAUUUAACCCCCCCAACCCCCCCCUUCUAUUGACGGCUAGCCCCCCCCAACCCCCUCCCCCUUUUUACUAGACGUGCUACUUCCCCCCCCCAACCCCUCCUCUAUUAGCCAGUGCACUUACCCCCCCCCCCCCCCCCCCCCUCCCCCUUCUUUUAGACAGUGCUACUGAACCCCCCAACCCCUCCCCUCUUAUUAACAGUCCCUUUUUACCCCCCCCCCCCCCAACCCCUCCUCUCUAUUAACAGUGCUACGUACCCCCCCCCCAACCCCUCUCCUCUUAUUAACAGUGCUAUGAAAACCCCCCCAACCCCUUCCCUUUAUUAGACAUGUACUGUAACCCCCAACCCUCUCCUCUUACUAGACUGCUCUGAAACCCCCCCCCCCCCCCAACCCUCUCCUCUUUUUAGACUGCUCGUCCCCCCCCAAACCCCCUCUCCUCUAUUAGACGUGCUUUUUGAAACCCCCCCCCCCAAAACCCCCUUCCUCCUAUUAGACUGCACUGAACCCCCCCCCCCAAACCCCUCUCCUCCCCUUUAACGUGCACGAACCCCCCCCCCCCCCCAACCCCCUCUCCUCUCUACGACAGUGUAUGUAACCCCCCAACCCUUCCUCUCACUGACGUGCUACUGUAACCCCCCCAACCCUCUCCUCUCUAUUAGACAGUGCUACUGUAACCCCCCCCCCCCCCCCAACCCCUCUCCUCUCUACUAGACAGUGCUACUGUAACCCCCCCCCAACCCCUCUCCUCUCUACUAGACAGUGCUACUGUACCCCCCCCAACCCCUCUCCUCUCUAUUAGACAGUGCUACUGUAACCCCCCCAACCCCUCUCCUCUCUAUUAGACAGUGCUACUGUGUUUACCCUCAUCCCUCCCCCCUCCCUCAGAACAGCGCCUGAACAGGAGUUCACACUGAUGUAUUCCAUUGUCACCAUCUCCCAACCCUCUUUAUUGUUAUAA